AUGGAGGCACUGGAGGCCCUCCCUUCCAUAGCUCGGCUGAGCAAGACCGUAACUCGUGUUCUUGGGCAGAACCCAGGAAAAUUCACUUUGCAAGGAACGAAUACCUAUCUUCUAGGAGAACGUAACCCCUACAUCCUUGUAGACACCGGCGAAGGUCGAGAAGACUAUAUCCCUUACCUCCAGGAGGCGUUGGCAGACCCCUCCCGCGAGCACAAUGCGACAGAGCCGUACAUCUCCUAUAUUAUCCUUACCCACCGCCAUCACGACCACACGGAAGGUCUGCCCUCCGUUCUGACUCUUCUACGUAAACUCUGGAAUGCGCAGCAGCCUCCGCCGACGACGCCGUACCGCCCUCCCCGCAUCCACAAGCUACCGCUUCCGACCCCUGAUUCCCGUUUCGACAGCCUCAUAGAGCGUCUCGAACCAGGCUCGUUCACGCCCACAGCGUCUGGCGCCCCCGUCCACGAUCUCUCCGACUCCGACACCCUCCCCGUCACGCUCACGUCCACAACUCCCGAGUCCGAUUCCUCCUUACACAUCAUUCACACCCCGGGCCACACCCCGGACUCCCUCUGCAUCUACUACCCGCCCGACCGCGCGCUCUUCACGGCCGAUACGGUCCUAGGGCACGGCACGUCCGUUUUCGAGGACCUCGGCCAGUACAUGUCCAGUCUACGCAAGAUGAUUGAUUACGCGAACGACCCCGCACACGCGUACAGUACCGUCUACCCUGGGCAUGGCCCCGUAGUUCCCGAAGGCCUUGCGAAGGUGCAAACGUACUUGAAACACCGUGUUGAGCGCGAAGAGCAGGUUUUGCGGGUGCUCCGGCAGGACCCUCCGGCGGAGGGGGAGUUCGACCAGGGGUGGACGACGCAGGCGAUCGUUGCGGUCAUUUAUGCCAAGUAUCCGAAGGAAUUAUGGGGACCAGCAGCGCACAGCGUCGAACUGCACCUCAAGAAGCUCGUGGGCGACGGGGUUGUUGAGCAAGACGGGUCGGUGUGGGAGCUCACGAACCAAUAG